CGGACCUGCACGGCAUAUCGACGGCUCAACCUCGCACGACGAAUUUAUCUGCUAUGAUUCACAGCUCGUGACUCCUUCGCGCCAGUCUCCCUUUUUCUAUAACCCUCCAUUGCUCGAUACCCCAAUCACCACUUGACUGUGACUGAUUGAUUCACACCCCUCGGAAUUCUAGUCCACAACAGUCACAAUCGAGUGCGCCAAUUGGCCGUUGAAAAACAUAAACAGCAAAAAUGCCAAUGCUCGCGGAGCCGUGGACAAAGUACAAGCCGUUCAAGCCGGUGAACCUGCCAGACAGGCAAUGGCCCAGCAAGACAAUCGAGAAGCCCCCAAGAUGGCUGUCGACGGAUCUGCGCGACGGCAACCAGUCCCUGGUUGAUCCUAUGGACGGCGAGCAAAAGUGGAUGUACUUCCAAAUGCUCACAAGACUCGGCUACAAGGAAAUCGAAGUCUCCUUCCCCUCGGCAUCGCAGACCGACUUCGACUUCACACAGCGCCUCGUCCAGACACCUGGCAUAGUACCCGACGAUGUCUGGCUGCAGGUUCUGUCGCCUUGCCGCAAAGAGCUCAUCCGCCGCACCGUCGACUCGCUGAAGGGCGCGAAGAAGGCCAUCCUGCAUCUGUACCUUGCGACCAGCCCGUGUUUCCAGCAGAUCGUUUUCAACAUGAACGACGACGAGACAAUCGCUCUGGCCGUCGAGUGUACAAAGUACGCGAGGUCGAUUACAAAGGACGACCCCGAGCAGGCCGGCACACAGUGGCACUACGAGUUCUCGCCCGAGACAUUCUCCGACUCGAAGCCCGAGUUUGCUCUGCAGGUCUGCGAGGCCGUCAAGGCUGCGUGGGAGCCCACAGUCGAGGACCCCAUCAUCUUCAACCUGCCCGCGACCGUCGAGAUGUCCACACCAAACGUCUACGCCGAUCAGAUCGAGUUCUUCUGCAGGAACGUCUCCGAGCGCGAGAAGAUUUGCGUCUCUCUGCACCCCCACAACGACCGUGGCUGCGCCGUCGCUGCAGCAGAACUCGCGCAAAUGGCCGGCGCAGACCGAGUAGAAGGCACUCUGUUCGGCAACGGCGAGCGCACUGGAAACGUCGACCUCGUGACCCUCGGCCUGAACCUGUACACACAGGGCAUCCACCCCAAAAUCGACUUCUCGGACCUGAAGUCCAUCAUCGACAUGGUCGAGACUUGCAACAAGAUCCCCAUCCAUCCCCGCGCGCCCUACGGCGGACAGCUCGUCGUUUGCGCCUUUUCCGGCUCGCAUCAAGACGCCAUCAAGAAGGGUUUCCAGAAGCGCAAGCAGGAAGGCGCAACCAACGAAUCCUACUGGCAAAUUCCCUACCUACCCCUCGACCCACAAGAUAUCGGCCGCACAUAUGAAGCCAUCAUCCGCGUCAACUCGCAGUCCGGCAAGGGCGGCGUGGCCUGGAUCAUCCAGCGCCAGCUGGAGCUCGACCUGCCGCGGGGUCUCCAAAUCGCCUUCUCCAAGGUCGUACAGAAGGAAACCGACCGUCUGGGCCGCGAGCUGCUGCCGACGGAAAUCGUCGGCCUGUUCGAGGACGCGUACCAUCUCAAGCGCAACCCGCGCUUCGGGCUGAUCGACUACGACAUCGUGGCGGACCGCAGCAAGACACCCGAGCCCCCGACCGAAGGCAAGACGAACAAGACGUCCAACCUGCGCCGCAUCUUCAAGGGCGUGCUGGAAAUCGACGGCCAGGAGCACACGAUCCACGGCAGCGGGAACGGCGCCAUCUCCUCUCUCGCCGACGCCCUGCGCGGCCUGGGCAUCGAGCUGGACGUGGUCGACUACAACGAGCACACGAUCGGGUCCAACAAGGACGCCAAGGCCGCCACGUACAUUGGGUGCGUGGUCGCCGGCGGCAGCCAGAAGGUGUGGGGCGUCGGCAUCCACCACGACGUGGUGCAGGCGUCGCUGAUCGCGCUUCUGAGCGCCGCUUCUUCGUUCCUAUCGAGUAGACCGAGCACCCCGGUUCCCUUCCGCCCCAAGAGGAGUGACACGCUCGAGAUUCCGAGCAGCCCCCUGCGGCAGAGUCAGAGCGCCGAGCAGCAGAAUGGCACUAUUGUGGAUAGUCUGGAGAAGAUGGUUGGGGGCAAGCAGGCGGACGUCAAGAGCGCGGGUGUCUAGCCGUUUGACCAUGCCAUGUUGUCUGCUUCAUUCCGUUUCUGCCUCGCGUUACGAUUGCAUUGGCAUUGGUUGGGUCAGCCCGGUGUUCAAAAGUGCAUAUACACUCUCAGAUCGAGUAUUUUCAUCAUUCAACAAGCUACAGUCUUCCCAGAGCUGCC